AUUCAUUUGGGUGUUUACAUUUUUUUUUGUUUAUUUUUUUUUAUCAAACAAUUAAAACUAAAUAAAUAAAGAAAAACUAGCUCUUCCUAGAAUAAAUUUAAAAUACAAUUAAAAUGUCUAAAUUUGCAUUGGACUCUAUAUUAAGUAAUUAUUUCAAUAUGCUACAAAAAACUCAAUUGGAAAGAAUUCUACCAGAAUUUAGUGAAAUCUACUUACGUUUGUCGUUUAAAGAGAACUUUGGAAAAAAUUAUCUAAUUUCUUCGGAUAAUUUACAACUUUAUCGUAAGCUUUUGGUUUUAUAUUAUUGUGAAGAAUAUCCUUCCUUAACCUCGGUAAUUAGCAUCAUGGAAAGAUGUUUUAGUGUGGAAGAUAUCUAUAAUAUCGUAGCUGAACAGGAGGAUAUACUUUGCAAGUGGUGGGAAUUUAAAAAUAAUUGUACUGAGGUUAAUGCAAGUAAAGCCAAAAAACGUAAGAUAUGUAAAUAGAUUGGAAAAAUAAAUAUAUAAAAAAAAAUUCUAUAUAAAAAUGUAUGUGUAAUAUCUUUUUUUAUAGAAAAAUAAGUGUAUAAAAAAUGUUUCUGUAGAAAUGUUUAGUUAUAACACAUUUUCUUAUAAAAAAUGUGUAUAACACAUUUUUCUACAAAAAAAUUGUGGGAAUUUAAAAAAAAACGUAAAAUAUGUAAAUAGAUUGAUAAAAUAAAUAUUUA